GGUAAGUCCUGAUACUACCUCCUGGUUCAGACAGACAGGCUGCACGGAGCGAGGCUAGCUGUUAGCUUCAACUGUCUAGACGGCCGAGAUGAGUUUCCUAGGAGGUCUGUUUGGGCCGGUGUGUGAGAUAGACGUACUGCUGAACGAUGCAGAGAACAGAAAGACAGCCGAGUUAAAGACAGAAGAUGGGAAGGUGGAGAAACAUUACCUGUUCUAUGACGGAGAGUCUGUGUCUGGCAAGGUGAAUCUAAAUGUGAAGCAGGGAGGAAAGCGGCUGGAGCAUCAGGGCAUCCGCAUUGAGUUUGUUGGACAGAUAGAGCUGUUCUCCGACAAGAGCAACACCCAUGAGUUUGUGGAUUUGGUGAAGGAGUUGGCUCUACCUGGGGAACUCACCCAGAACAGGAGCUACGACUUUGAGUUCAUGCAGGUGGAGAAGCCCUAUGAGUCCUACACGGGAGCGAAUGUCAGGCUAAGGUACUUCCUCAGGGUGACAAUAGUCCGUCGUCUGUCUGACCUGGUGAAGGAGUACGAGUUGAUCGUCCACCAGUUAGCCACCUACCCAGAUGUCAACAACUCGAUCAAGAUGGAGGUCGGCAUAGAGGACUGUCUGCACAUUGAGUUCGAAUACAAUAAAUCCAAAUACCACCUGAAGGAUGUGAUUGUCGGGAAGAUCUACUUCCUGCUGGUCAGGAUCAAGAUCCAACACAUGGAGCUACAGCUCAUCAAGAAGGAGAUAACAGGCAUUGGUCCCAGUACGACCACAGAGACAGAGACGGUUGCAAAGUAUGAAAUCAUGGAUGGUGCUCCAGUUAAAGGAGAAUCAAUCCCCAUCAGACUGUUCCUCGCAGGAUAUGACCUGACACCCACCAUGAGGGAUGUCAACAAGAAGUUCUCUGUACGCUACUUCCUAAAUCUGGUGCUGGUGGAUGAGGAGGACAGAAGAUACUUUAAACAACAGGAGAUUGUUUUGUGGAGAAAAGCUCCAGAGAAGAUGAGGAAAAGAAACUUCCAUCAGCGCUACGAGUCUCCCGAGGCCCGAACCCCACCAGUCAAUGCAGAGCAGCCAGAGAUGUGAGGACGACACUAUGAACUGAAAAUACACACAGAAAAUACACCAACUCUUCACUGCUGAACAGCCAGAGGUGUGCGGGCUGCCCCACUAUCCCCCUGGACUGAGAAAUGUAUACAUGAAUACACAUGACAUAACUUCAGACAUCCCCAUCACCACUCCACAGCUUCAGACGAGAGCUGUCCGACCACCUUCACUCUCUCCCCGCCAGAACUGAAACACACUCUCAUACAGACGCACAAGCAUACGAUCCAAGAUGGCUGAAAGCUAAACGUCAAGGCAAGAGUGCAAAUCAAACCGACCCAAGCAAGGAACAGUGAGGCAGCCUAUGUCAUCUUGGCGUCUCAGACUGCAAACACACACACAAGCACACACAAAUGAAGCCAUACAGUCUCAGAUAUCUGAAUGCAUAAUAAAACAGGAGCAAAGACGGAAAAGAGGAGGCGGCCACAGACAACCGCCACACGGUUAUCCCUUUCUUCUGCAACAGGAGCUUCUGUUGUUUGCAAAUUUUGGCAGCACUUACCCUGGAAUUUCUCUGGCAUCUUCCCUCUGACAUCCCCUGCAAAAUUUCUGGAUGAGCUAGUCAAUGACUUAAGGUAUUCAAGACGUGGGGAUCAGCCUGAACGAAGGACAUGGGAGGCUAAGCUAUGAGUCAACACAGGCGCUCUGUGUUCAUUCACAAUACCUGAGUUUAAGCUAUGCUAAUAUCACUGUGCUCUCGACCAUCCAUCUAGCUGGGAGAUCAAGUGUUUCCCAGUUGUUGUUAAGUAUGUUCCAACAGUCCACAGGCUGCUUCUUCCAUGCAAGUGUCUUGUUUAGUCCAACAAAUGUUCAUCUUAACUUAACAUCUUAGUUUAAUUUUAUAUAUCAUUUUCAAAUAUAGUGUUUUCAUGAACAUUUUUUGCUCUCAGGUUGUGUUAGCACCAAACAGGAAGCGGAUUUUUGCCUCGUGUUACUUGUAAGAAUAUGGCCGCUGGGUUGUCUUUGAUAUUUACUGUGCUAACAGUUGUGCUAACUAACUGGGGAAAGCAGCUAAUGCUAAGUCACUCAAAGCGUGUUGCUAAAAUGCAACUCAACAAUAUGGUUUACAAAAGUGACACGUACAUAUUUUCAGAACUUAUCAUGUAGUCCCAUGUCUUCGCUUACUUUUCUCCGAGCCCUCUCCUUUUUAGUUUUAUCUCCAUACAGUUUAAGUUUAUCCUCCAUCUCUGCUUCUCAGUGACGUCAGGAGAAUUUCAAAUAGAUCUCAAUGGUAAAAGGCUUUUGCGACACACUUGCAUGAAUGUUUUGCACAACCUGAAGAAUUUCGUCUUGGGUGGAUACAUAUAUUUCCCAUAUUCCAUCAUUGUCAUUUUCGUCAUCUGCCGUGAAUUCACGUCCAUUCGGUUGUAAUUGUGCCCUGUGGAAAAAUUUGCCUCGUGCUUGGUUUGAACGCACCUUUAUAUGUUUCCAGUUCCAGUCCACAUUUCGUUCCAUACAAGAAAUGUGUUGGAUCCAAGGUGAACAUUAUCAUUUCACUGUAUUUUAUUUCCUAAAAUAAUUUAAAUAGAUAACAAUCAUGUAGUGUUGCUAUUGAUGCUUAAUUUCAUUAUCGAGUAACCUGCACAUUCUCCAUUAAUUGAUGAAUUUAGUCUAUAGAAUGUCCGAAGAAAGUGAACUGGAUCCAUCACAAUUUCAUAGAGCUGUGGUGACAUCUAUGAGUAUCUUUUUUUUGUUUAAAAAUACUCAAUUUACAGUUACAUUAUAGAGAGAAAUGCAGCAAAUGCUUGUAAAUUGUUCUCAUGUAGUGGUUCCUUAAAAACUGACUAAAACGCUUUAUCAACCAUAAAAAUAGUUGCCAAUUAGUUUUCAGUCAUUUUCCAAAUCAAUAAGUCAACUAAUUGCUGCAGCUCUAAAAGCAUUAUACUUUGAUACAGGUUUUUUAGCUCAAUACAAUAUUUCAACAUCUCUUGUUAAGAUGAAUAUUCGAUGCAGUGUUGUCUGUCUGGUUACCACAGAACUGCCUCCAAACGUAUGUGGAGAUUCACUCUGAGUUUGAAGAAGUUUCUCUGGCACGAGGCCUUUUGUUUGAUCUUAAAAGUGCCGCUUAUUUAUGACUAAUCUUGAAGAAUAUAGAAACCAUUUCCUCCCUUAAGUUAUUUUAAGGGUCAGCUCACCCAAAUUACACACAGAAGUAAAACAUCUUUUCCAGGCCAGACAUGUGGAUUAUCUGGAUUAGCAUAGUAGUUAGAUUUCAGCACUUUGAGCACCACAAAUUUGAUUCCAUUGACCUCCAUUUUAUUAAGGUGGAAGAAGAGAUUAUAGAAAGAGAUAUCAAAACUUUAUAGAAAAUAUGUUUAUAUGUAAUUUGGGUGAACUGAACCUUUAAGUUCAUGUGUCAGGGCUGGUGUCGGCUGACUCACAUCAGCUGACUUAAGAAAUAUCUCCAGUAUCUUAAAUUCAAAGGUUAAAAAAAAAAAGGUUGAAAGUUGAGGUUGUCGAGCCUCUUAUACCUGAAAAUGAACACCUGUCAUCACAACAUGAAUAGCGGUUUUUAUUUAUAUCAGUGAUGCAUUAGACAAAUUAAAUGACGCUAGCCAUGAUCAGGAGAUUCACUGUCAGUUUCACUUUCUCUUUGCAGGUUGCAGCAUCUUUGAGCAUGUUGGUUUGGUAUAAGUAGAAUACUAAUGUUAAAAAAAAGGCUUAUGUCUGUUAUUGUAAGCACUGGGAGGGAUCUCAUAUCAACAUACUGUAAAAAAUAUUCCACUGUGACGCUCAGACCGGCUGUUUAGGUCCUGCUUUAAAGACACACACUCACAAACACACAGUUUGGUGAUGUUACCGGUCUUGUGUGUAGGUUGAAUUUGCCCUUAAGCUCUGAUCUGUGGCCAAUUUUGCACUUUCCCCCUCCGAUGCUUAACUUUGUUUAAAAGUGGCAUGGAAGCUGAAACUAAACAUCACUCAAGGACAACUUCACCUCAGAGAUCUCCUGUGUCUAUCAUGGAAAUGAUACUGUCAUUUAUAUAUCACUACUUUUUUUAAUUGGACGUUAUUAAGUCAUUUUUUUGUUUGUUUUUUUGUCUCUCGUGUGCAAGUCAUACUGUCAUGUUACAUGUUUCAUUUCAUAAACCUCUGAACACCCA